GUUCUUCAUUUUCACGAACAAGACUAACUUCAUGAGUUAUGGGACUUGUUCGAAGUAUGAUAAACUUGUCAUAUUUCCUUGUCUUCCUAUCUUCCUUUUGUUUAGAGUUCGGCCAUGCCACGGACACCAUCACAGCACUUAACUUUAUUAAAGAUUCUGAAACCAUAAUCUCCAAUGGCGGUAGGUUCGUAUUGGGAUUUUUUAGCCCUACGAAUUCUACUUAUCGCUAUGUUGGGAUAUGGUAUCGUAGAGAUUCCACGACUCGUGCCAUAUGGGUUGCUAACAGGAACAAGCCCCUCAAGACCACCUCCGGGUUUCUUACUAUAGCCGAAGAUGGCAAUCUAGUCGUAUUGGAUGGAGAAAAGACGAUUUUGUGGUCAUCAAAUGUAACAAGUUCUGUUUCCAAUAUGAGCGCACGACUUCUAGAUACCGGGAACCUUGUCUUACAAGAAAACAACACUGGGUUGAUCACAUGGGAGAGUUUCCAACAUCCUUCUGAUUCGUGGUUGGCAGAGAUGAAAGCGGGUACUAAUGCAACAACGGGCAAGAACGUUCGGCUCACAUCAUGGAAGAGUCCGUCAGAUCCAGCCGUUGGAACCUUUUCUGCUGGUACUUACUCUUUUGAUCUUCCUGAGGCGUAUAUUUGGAAUGGUAGCAGCCCUCAUUGGCGCAGUGGUCCGUGGAAUGGUAUGGUCUUUAUUGGAAUACCAACCAUGAAUGGUGGAUAUCUCGAUGGAAUUAAUCUUGUAGAGGACAAAGAGGGAUCAUUCUAUUUUGCUUUUGAUUUUUUAAACAAGUCCGCACAAUUCCAUUACGUCUUGAGUGCAGAAGGAAACGUAUUGAAAGCUUUUUCUAUUAAUGGGAAUUAUUGGGUGGUCAUGUGGUCGUCUUUAAUGUCUGAGUGCGACGUUUACGGCAAGUGUGGGGCAUAUGGACAUUGUAACCCAGAAGAUAAACCGAUCUGCAGCUGCUUAGAGGGGUUUGAACCAAAGAAUAUAGAAGAAUGGAAUAGAGAAGAUUGGACUAGUGGAUGUGUGAGGAGGACACCCUUGCAGUGUAUGAGACUGAGCACAGGUGGUAAAGACGGCAAAAAAGAUGGGUUUCUGGAGGUGAAGAUGAUGAAAACGCCAAGUUUGGCAAAUUUGUCAUCUGUUUUGGAGGAUAGCUGCAGAUAUCGGUGCUUGGAAGACUGUUCAUGUACAGCUUAUGCAUACGUAGCAGGCAUUGGGUGUAUGUUAUGGACCAGAGACUUGAUAGACUUGCGGAAAUUUUCCAGCGGCGGAGUAGAUGUUUAUGUUCGUUUGGCCUAUUCAGAUCUCGAUAAAAAGGAAGAAGUACUGAAAGUAAUCGUGAUAGUCACUGUGGUCAUAGGAAUGGUACUCGUCAUGGCCCUGUGCACUUUAUUCUUAUGCCAGUGGAGGGCUAAACGUAAAGAAAAUCUUGUAGACAACAUGAACCAAGAUAAACUCCAAGAGCUACCAAUAUUCAGUCUUGAGGAACUAGCAAGUGCAACGAACAACUUCCACCAAUCUAACAAGCUUGGACAAGGUGGAUUUGGUCCCGUAUACAAGGGAAAAUUGUUAGAUGGACAAGAAAUUGCCGUAAAACGACUUGCAAGAUCUUCAGGGCAAGGGCUAGAAGAAUUUAUGAAUGAAGUCGUAGUGAUUUCUAAACUACAACACCGAAAUCUUGUUAGACUCCUUGGUGGGUGUGUUGAAGGAGAAGAAAAGUUGCUAGUCUAUGAAUACAUGCCAAACAAAAGUUUGGAUGCAUUUCUUUUUGAUCCAAUCAAACAAGAACUGGUAGAUUGGAAAAAACGUUUCAACAUUAUUGAAGGAGUUGGUCGUGGUCUACUCUACCUUCAUAGGGAUUCAAGAUUAAAAAUUAUUCAUAGGGAUCUAAAAGCAAGUAACAUAUUGUUGGAUGAAGAGUUAAAUCCAAAAAUAUCAGACUUUGGAAUGGCCAGGAUUUUUGGAGGCAAUGAAGACCAAGCCAAUACUGAAAGGAUUGUGGGAACAUAUGGCUACAUGUCUCCUGAAUAUGCAAUGGAGGGGCGAUUUUCAGAAAAAUCGGAUGUCUUCAGCUUCGGAGUGUUGUUGCUAGAGAUAGUAAGCGGAAGGAAAAAUACUCAUUUCUAUCAUGACGAGGGGACCGUGAGUCUUGUAGGACUUGCAUGGAAAAUGUGGAACAUUGACAACUUGGCAGCAUUAGUAGACCCCAAAAUAUCAAGAUCUAGCUUUGAAAAGGAAAUCUUGAGAUGCAUACAUGUCGGGCUGUUGUGUGUACAAGAAUUCGCUAAAGAUAGACCAACCGUAUCUAUUGUUAUUUCUAUGUUAAAAAGUGAGAUUGUUGAUCUACCUUACCCAAGGCAGCCAGGAUUCACUGUAAAUCAGAUUACCUCAGAAAGUGAAUCCUCUUACCCCAAUCAAAAGGUUUGCUCUAUCAACAAUGUCACUGUUUCAAUGGUUCUUGGUAGAUGAUGAAAUGCUAUUGAAAGUCUAAAACUGUCAAUUUGUAUUGAACAGGUUGUAGAAUUUAAACACACUUUCAAUGUA